AUGUCCCUCCACGUCCCCAUGGCCCAUCGCACCAAGGACCAGGGCGCCACAAAGGCCGUCAUCCUGGUCGGUGGUCCUUCCCGCGGCACUCGUUUCCGCCCUCUCUCCCUCGACGUGCCCAAGCCUCUAUUCGAAGUCGCUGGCCAUCCCAUCAUCUGGCACUGCCUCUCCUCCAUCGCUCGCGUCCCCAACAAGCAGAUCCAGGAGGUCUACAUCAUCGGCUACUACGACGAAUCUGUCUUCCGCGACUUCAUCAAGGACUCCGCCAAGGAGUUCCCCGCCAUCACUAUCAAGUACCUCCGCGAGUAUGAGGCUCUUGGAACCGCUGGCGGUCUCUACCACUUCCGUGAUGCUAUCCUCAAGGGUCGCCCCGAGCGUCUCUUUGUUCUCAACGCCGAUGUUUGCUGUUCGUUCCCUCUUGACGAGAUGCUCAAGCUUUUCAACGAUAAGGAUGCUGAGGCUGUCAUCCUCGGAACACGUGUGAGCGAUGAGGCAGCGACAAACUUCGGUUGCAUUGUCUCCGAUUCUCACACCCGUCGUGUUCUGCAUUACGUCGAGAAGCCCGAGUCACGAAUCAGCAACCUGAUCAACUGUGGUGUCUACCUUUUCUCCACCGAGGCAAUCUUCCCCUCUAUCCGCUCCGCCAUCAAGCGCCGCCUCGACCGACCCUCUCGUCUCGUCUCCUACCCCUCUUCCGAUAACCUCGAAAACAGCUUCGUCCUUCCUGAUGACGACGAUGAUGACGAAGAGAAGAAGAGCGGAGUUAUUCGCCUGGAGCAGGAUAUCCUCUCUGAUAUGGCCGACAACAAGCAGUUCUACGUUUACGAGACCAAGGACUUCUGGCGCCAGAUCAAGACUGCUGGCUCUGCUGUCCCUGCCAACGCUCUCUACCUCCAAAAGGCUGCGCAAUCCGACCACAGCGAAGAGCUUGCCACUCCUAGCGCAAACAUAGUCCCUCCUGUCUUCAUUCACCCUACAGCUGAAGUGCACCCCACUGCUAAGCUCGGCCCCAAUGUAAGCAUUGGCCCCCGUGCUCACAUUGGCGCUGGCGCCCGUGUCAAGGAGAGUAUCGUGCUCGAGGACUGCGAGAUCAAGCACGACGCUUGCGUUCUCUACUCCAUCAUUGGCUGGGGUAGCCGCGUUGGCGCCUGGGCUCGAGUUGAGGGUACCCCUACCCCCGUUGGCAGCCACUCGACCAGCAUCAUCAAGAAUGGUGUCAAGGUCCAGAGCAUUACCAUCCUUGGCAAGGACUGUGGUGUCGGCGAUGAGGUCCGCGUGCAGAACUGUGUCUGCUUGCCCUACAAGGAGUUGAAGAGGGAUGUCACCAACGAAGUCAUUAUGUAA